AUGACGAUCCUGGGGGAAAUUAACUAUAUCCGUUUCAUCACGGAUAUUUGGCGCCACUUUCUCAAGAGGAACUCUGAAACUAACCCAGGACUUUUGUGGAGAACAACAGCGGGAACCGGGCCCGGACUUUGCCGGGAUGACGAGAGGAGUUUCUACGCAUCAUACGCACAGGAACCCGGCGCGGUAUCAAAGGCUCACAGCGGUCACCGGACAACGGGACACAAGGGUGACACAGAGUCUGACAGCACUAGGACGUUUGAGGACAGCAAUGGAAGUGGACAGAUGAGCUAUGGAGUUGUCAAUGGAUGCGCCAUGGAGGAGAAGGACACCAUGGAGACUCCAUUGGUGAGUGUGCUUUGGUAUCGCUGUUGUUGUGAGUACAAUGGUAUACCCAUAUAA